AGCACUUCCAAGCCCAACACCUUAACACCACGUCCGUCACCCAAACCUUAAGUUACCAAAACACCCCUACCAAGUCACUGGCCCCACACGAAUUAUAGAAAAAAGGUUUCGAAAAAAAUGCAACACGGGGGGUUAUUAAUAGUCAAAUUACCGUCAGUACCCCCGUCACCGCUGACUCUUUUACCGCCACAUUUGUCGCUUUUUAUAAACCGACCCAAUACGCGAAGACGAAGAAACGGUGAGUGGAGAAGAAGACCAGGUAGAAGCAGAAGCAGUAGCAGCAAGAGGAGUAGAAGUAGUAGUAGUAGUGGUGGUGGUGGUGGUGGUGGUAGUGACAGUGUUAAGGUUUGGGCAAUGCCUGGCUGUGGUGGUGGAGACGAUAAUGGUUCGCUGCGGAAAUUCAAGCUGAGCGAGUCAACGUUCCUGGCUUCCCUCAUGCCUAAGAAGGAGAUUGGCGCCGAUCGCUUCCUCGAAGCUCACCCCCACUACGACGGCCGCGGCGUCGUCAUCGCCAUUUUCGAUUCUGGAGUGGACCCGGCGGCGGCUGGAUUACAAGUUACGUCAGAUGGGAAGCCGAAAAUCCUAGAUGUCAUUGAUUGCACCGGGAGUGGAGAUAUUGAUACUUCGAAGGUGGUUAAGGCCGAUGCGAAUGGCUGUAUCCGGGGAGUUUCAGGGGCUUCUUUGGUUGUCAAUUCUUCAUGGAAGAACCCGUCUGGCGAAUGGCAUGUGGGUUAUAAAUUGAUAUAUGAAUUGUUUACGGAUAAAUUGACUAACCGUUUGAAGGAGGAGAGAAAGAAAAAAUGGGAUGAACAAAAUCAGGAAGAAAUUGCUAAGGCCGUUAAGCGUCUUGAUGAAUUUGAUCAGAAACACGUCAAAACUGAUGAUAUAAACCUGAAAAGAGUCCGUGAGGACCUCCAGAACAGAGUUGAUUAUCUGCGAAAGCAAGCUGAGAGCUAUGAUGACAAAGGGCCUGUUAUAGAUGCUGUUGUCUGGCAUGAUGGAGAAGUAUGGAGGGUUGCCUUGGACACACAGAGUCUUGAGGAUGACCCAGAUUGUGGAAAACUUGCUGAUUUUGCGCCCCUUACCAAUUUUAGGAUUGAACGGAAGUAUGGUGUGUUUAGCAAAUUAGAUGCAUGUACCUUUGUUGUUAACGUGUAUGAUGAGGGCAAUAUCUUAAGUAUUGUAACAGAUAGCUCCCCUCAUGGGACUCAUGUUGCUGGUAUCACUAGUGCUUUCCAUCCAAAGGAGCCAUUGUUGAAUGGAGUUGCACCUGGGGCACAAUUGAUAUCUUGUAAAAUUGGUGACUCACGCUUAGGUUCAAUGGAGACUGGAACUGGUCUAACUCGAGCUUUGAUAGCUGCUGUUGAGCAUAAAUGUGAUCUUAUCAACAUGAGUUAUGGGGAACCUACUUUGCUACCAGACUAUGGGCGCUUUGUUGACCUUGUUAAUGAAGUUGUAAACAAGCAUCGUCUGAUAUUUGUGAGUAGUGCUGCUAACAGUGGUCCUGCUUUGAGCACUGUUGGAGCACCUGGUGGUACCACUUCCACCAUUAUAGGAGUUGGCGCGUAUGUCUCCCCAGAAAUGGCUGCUGGUGCUCAUUCUGUUGUUGAGCCUCCACCUGAAGGGAUAGAAUAUACUUGGUCCAGUCGAGGACCAACUGCUGAUGGAGAUGUUGGUGUUUGCAUAAGUGCUCCUGGCGGGGCUGUUGCUCCUGUUCCUACAUGGACCCUCCAGCGUCGUAUGCUCAUGAAUGGAACAUCAAUGUCCUCCCCAUCUGCUUGUGGUGGAAUUGCAUUGCUUGUAAGCGCACUGAAGGCUGAGGGUAUCCCUGUCAGUCCUUACAGUGUACGGAAAGCUCUUGAAAAUACAUGUGUUUCUAUAGGUAUUUUACCAGAAGAUAAAUUAUCCACUGGAGAAGGACUUAUGCAAGUUGACAGGGCACAUGAAUAUUUACGACAGUCCAGGAAUAUACCAUCUGUUUGGUAUCAAAUAAAGGUAGCUCAAUCUGGAAAAUCAACUCCUGUAUCACGAGGUAUCUAUUUAAGAGAGCCCAGUGCUUGCCAACAGUCUAGCGAGUGGACAGUGCAAGUUGAACCAAAAUUUCAUGAAGAUGCAAGUAAUUUAGAUGAAUUGGUUCCUUUUGAGGACUGCAUUGAGUUACAUUCAAGUGAUCAAGCGAUUGUGAGGGCUCCAGAGUAUCUUCUUCUUACACAUAAUGGGCGUAGCUUCAAUGUAGUAGUGGAUCCUACCUAUCUUAGUGAAGGACUGCACUAUUAUGAAGUCUAUGGGAUUGACUGUAAAGCACCCUGGCGGGGUCCUCUUUUUAGAGUACCAAUUACCAUAACCAAGCCUAAGGCUGUAAUCAAUCGUCCCCCAGUCGUCACAUUUUCUAGGAUGUCUUUCAUACCAGGCCGCAUAGAGAGGAAAUUCCUAGAGGUCCCUAUAGGUGCUACUUGGGUUGAAGCAACCAUGCGAGCAUCUGGCUUUGAUACAACUCGUAGAUUUUUUGUCGACACUGUCCAGCUUUGCCCCCUGAAAAGGCCUAUUAAGUGGGAGAGCGUUGUAACAUUCUCUUCUCCUUCUGCCAAAAACUUUUCCUUUCCUGUUGUAGCUGGUCAGACAAUGGAAUUAGCUAUAGCUCAGUUCUGGUCUAGUGGCAUGGGAAGCCAUGAAACAGCUAUUGUAGAUUUUGAGAUUGCAUUUCAUGGAAUUAACAUCAAUAAGGAGGAAGUUUUACUUGAUGGAAGUGAAGCCCCAGUUAGAAUUGAUGCUGAAGCUCUAAUUGUAUCUGAAAAACUUGCACCUGCUGCCAUUCUAAACAAGGUUAGAAUUCCAUACCGUCCAAUUGAAGCUAAGCUUUCGACUCUUGCAGCAGAUCGGGACAGACUACCCUCAGGCAAACAAACUCUAGCACUGAAAUUAACUUACAAGUUCAAAUUAGAAGAUGGAGCUGAAGUAAAACCUUCCAUUCCAUUACUCAACGAUCGUAUAUAUGACACUAAGUUCGAGUCUCAAUUUUAUAUGAUUUCUGACCCAAACAAGCGUGUACAUGCGAUGGGUGAUGUCUAUCCAAAUUCUUCAAAACUUCCCAAGGGAGAGUACAACUUACAGCUAUAUUUAAGGCAUGACAAUGUUCAAUAUCUGGAAAAACUGAAGCAGUUAGUGUUGUUUAUUGAAAGAAAUUUGGAAGAGAAGGAAGUACUUCGAUUGAGCUUUUUCUCUCAACCUGAUGGCCCUUUGAUGGGAAAUGGUAGUUUCAAAUCAUCAGUUUUGGUUCCUGGGGAAAAAGAAGCAUUUUAUGUCGGCCCACCAUCUAAAGACAAGCUUCCGAAGAGUUGUCAGCAAGGAUCUGUAUUGUUGGGAGCAAUCUCAUAUGGAAAGCUAUCAUACUUUGGGGAUGGAGAGGGGAGAAACCCAAGAAAGAACCCCGUCUCUCAUCAAAUUUCUUAUAUAGUGCCACCAAAUAAGCUUGAUGAGGACAAGGGAAAAGGUUCUUCUCCAACUUGCACCAAAUCUAUUCCUGAACGCAUAGAAGAAGAGGUUCGAGAUGCCAAGAUAAAGGUUCUUGCGAGCCUAAAGCAAGACACAGACGAAGAACGCUCAGAAUGGGAAAAGUUCUGUGUCUCACUGAAGUCUGAAUAUCCAGAUUACACUCCACUUCUUUCAAAGAUAUUGGAAGGUUUGCUUUCUCGAAACAAUAUUGAGGAUAAAAUCUCCCACAAUGAAAAGGUUAUUGCUGCAUCAAAUGAUGUUGUGGAUAGUAUUGACAAAGAGGAGUUAGUAAAUUUUUUUGCUCUGAAAACUGAUCCUGAAGAUGAGGAGGCAGAGAAAACCAGGAAAAAGAUGGAGACCACCCGUGAUCAGUUAGUAGAAGCAUUCUACCAGAAAGGAUUGGCAUUGGCGGAAAUUGAAUCUUUAGAGGCUGAGAAGAGUAAAGAUUUGGUUGCAUCUGGAGCAAAGGAUGCGGAGAAGACUGUUGAUCGUUCUGAACCAGACUCUGGUGACCAGCCUGACCUGUUUGAAGAGAACUUCAAAGAACUGAAGAAAUGGGUUGAUGUGAAGUCUAAAUAUGGAACCCUGUUAGUGAUACGUGAAAGACGUUGUGGAAGGCUUGGAACGGCACUGAAGGUGGCGAAUGAUUUGAUUCAGGAUAAUGGGGAGCCUCCCAAGAAGAAGCUGUUUGAGUUAAAGCUCUCUUUGCUGGAGGAGAUUGGUUGGUUGCAUGCGGUGAAGUACGAGAAAGAGUGGAUGCACGUGCGCUUCCCCGCAAACCUACCACUUUUUUAAACAUUUGCUCAAUUAUAUUUGAGUCGCGUAAUCAUUCAAUAAGCGGCUCAGGUGCUAGGUCCAUUUUACUAUUGGUUUCUUCAAGGAUAGUUGUUAUCAUAACAAGUGAAAGCCCUCUCUUUUGGUACUCUUCGUUGUCUUUAAAAAAAAAACCCAAAGAUUAGCGUACUUGAUAAUCAUUUGAUAAUGAUCUGGUGCUAUAAUGCUGAAAUCGUAAUAAUAAGUUUAU